AUGGAUCCCCUGGUUGCCACCUUGAUACAAGCUGUUGUCGGGCUAGUUCAGACUCAGCAACAGAGUUUACAGAAUCCAGCUCCUAGUGCCGCAGAAUCAAGUUCCAGAGUUCGAGAGAGGAGCAUCAAUGAAUUUAAGAAGUCUGCUCCUCCACCUUUUUCGGGCGCUACAAAUCCGGACGAAGCAGAAAAUUGGAUCAAAGAGAUGGAGAAGGCAUUUUCGGCCAUGCAGUGCACCGAUGAGGAGAAAGAUUUUCGAUCGUCAUUUUAUGCAAAGUACUUCCCAAGGAGCAAGCUUCGCCAGCUUGAAAGACAAUUUCUAGAUUUGAAGCAGGGUUCGAUGUCUGUGGAGGAGUACGAGGCCGAGUUUGACCGACUAUCCCACUUCGCCCCAAAACUAGUAAAUGAUGAUGAGUCACGAGCUAAGAGAUUUGAGGAAGGAUUGAAUGGACAUAUUCGCACUGGUCUCGCACCGCUACACCUUGAGGCAUAUGAUGAUGUCGUUUCCAGAGCGAAAUCUUUGGAUUCAGUAUGGAGGCAGACUCGAGAGGAGCGAAAGACAAAUCAGAAGAAGAGGAAUAAAGAUUCUUUCAGAGAAGGAGAUCGAAAUUCAAGAGAAUCUGAUAGAUCUAAUGACUCAGAGAGGUUGCGUAAUACGCCAACUCGUGGUGGACAACCAAAUCGAGAUCAGAAGCUGAAAUGUUCAGUUUGUGGUGGAUGGCAUAAGGAUUCGGACUGCAGGCACGUCACUGGUGGUUGUUUUAGAUGUGGAGAUUUGAACCAUCGGAUAGCUCAGUGUCUUCUACUUAGUAUUGAUGCUAGUAAUAGAUCGAAGCCUCAAGAGAAAUCUUCUGCUCCAGCCGGUCGUGAUCAUAUCCCUCCUACCGAUCAGUCCAGAGGUGGAAGACCUCGGACGCAAGGUCAUGUUCAGGCUCUUUCCCAGCAGGAUGUUCAGGCAUCUAAUGCUGUAGUCCCUGGUAUUCUUUCCAUGGCUUCUGUUUUUGGCUCGUGUUCUAUUUGA